ACACGAAGCUGUCUGGCAGACGUGACAUAGGUUAAAACCAGCGAUCUUCCCCAAAUUUCACAAGCUCUGUACAUACAGAGAUGGCAAGACAACAAGUUCUACAUCUAGAACCUUCAAAUGAGUUGAGGUUCAGAGGUCCUUUUACUGAUGUGGUUACAUCAAAUUUGAAGCUGAGUAACCCAGAGGAAAGGAAAGUUUUAUUCAAAGUGAAAACAACAGCACCAAAACGAUAUUGUGUACGCCCUAAUAGCGGAAUCAUUGAACCAGGGGCAUCAGUCACAGUUGCAGUUAUGCUGCAACCCUUUGAAUAUGACCCAACAGAAAGAAAUAAACACAAGUUUAUGGUACAGACCCUGUUUGCACCAGAUGGUCCCAUAGAAAGUCAAGAAGAUCUGUGGAAGGAGGUUACUCCAGAAAAUCUAAUGGACUCUAAAUUGAAGUGUGUGUUUGAACUGCCGGUUGACAACAGUCACAUUUCUCCCUCAUCAGGUGUGAAUAAAGAAUCUGAAGAGAAGCCAACAAAACCUGUUAAACAAGUUCAGCUAGAGAGCUCUCCACCAACCAAAGCAACAAGUCAAGAUGCAGAGUUACGAAAAUCUCUGGAAGAUAAACAUAGAUUGGAAAAGGAGGUACAGAGUCUUCGGGAUGAAGUUAGUUCUCUAAAGGAAAAUGAGGUACGCCUACGGAAGGUUGCGAUUUCGGACACGGUGAAGUCUACUCCAGCCCCUGCUCCAGUGUCAUCGUCCUCCCAAGCUCAGGCCCUGAACCUUCCCCCAGUUGUCUACCUUAUUGCUGCACUUGUGAUAGGAAUUAUCAUUGGCAAGUUAAUACUGUAGUAUAACCUCAACACGCUGAGCAACUUUUAAAAAGACUUUUAAUGUAAAAUAACAAAAAUGUGCAAGACUUUCAAAGAAGGAAUGAGACAAGCUGUAUGAACAUGUUUUGAUGAAGGUUUCAGAAGAUUAUCUUCUGUCCUCCCGACAGGAGAUCAUGAUGAUAAUGUUGGUCGGGUCAUUGUAACAUGACUGAUUGUCUUACUGUUUGCAAAUCCCACUAGCUAGUAAAUGUCAGUUUCUGUUUUCAGCUAAGUGGUGAAAAUUGUUUGUGUUUUAGUGUUUAUGAAGAAUAUGAUAUACCAGUCACUUACCUAAACACUUUACUAUUGUUAUCAAAAACUCCUUCACUAUCAUUUUACACAACCAAGAAUCACAUUUUUGUAAAGAUAGGGGUUAAUACAUAACAAUGUAAACUGCACUCAAUGCACAUAUUGUUUAUUUCGUCAGAGAAUAUUUUGAAGAUGUAAGAAAUUUUAUGUAGCUCCUUUUGAUGAAUAGUGUGUUUUGUUGGAUUUGUUGAGCCAUCUCUCGCCUUGCACCUGAUAGGUAUGAUGAUGUCUUUUGUCAUGGUCUCACAGCAGCUGUUAAGAAAGGACAGAAAGGGAAUCAGGUUUUGUUUAAUCUGUUUUCAUAAAUAGGUGUAUUGGAUUGAAUAGGCUAACUGUUUAUAGUACAUAGAAUUAAUCUUUUAACUGUGUAUUAUACAGAAAUAAAGAAAUAUUUUCGAAACACUCUAUGAUGCUAAUAGUAAUGGCAGGAAAGGUCCUAUUGUAUUGCCAGGACAUCAAGGCUUGCAGAUGGAUAUGAAAUGUUAUGUGUGUACAUGGUACCUGCUAUAUACCACAUAUGUUUUCUGUAGAUACUCUGGUUACCUCUCCCACCAUACAGCCAGUAUGCUUUUAAUCAGGUCAGGGGUAGUAAAACAUCCAUAAUAAUCCAGGACUUGCUGUUGUGUUUAAGGGUAUACAUAUACCACCAAAGAAUUCAGUUAUAUAUUUGUGAGGAAGAAAUAGACAGGAAACUAAACCAAUGAUUGAAGUCCUGGAGUCAACAGAGUGUUUAAUAAAGUUUUUUGAUGCUAACUGUUAUCUUUAUUUUUUAAAAUUUGAAAACAUUUCUAUUAAACAUCUUAAAACUAGAUGACUUUGAAAUUUCAAGCCUUUCACUCUGUGUACUAAGCAAUAUAUCUAGUAUUUUAUAUCAACACAUUAAUUUGUUCAAACUUUAAUAUAUAUCAUCAGCUGCUGUUGUGGGACUAUAAACAAAAUUGUACUAAUUAUUGCAAAUAGUGAUGUUUGCACUGAGUCUAUUGAUUAAUGAUUGCAUGCAUAACCAACUGGCCAUUCAAUAUGAUAUGUAUGAAAGAUAAACACUUGGUUUACUGCUGUAAAUACUUGAGCGGAGAAUUUGACUUCCUUAAUGACUUAUACCGGUAAAUCAUAUACAUAUAGAUACAAAAUCAAGGCUUUGCUACACUAAUUUGUGUAACAUUUGAGAAAGUAGAAGUUAGUGACAUGGAGAUGUUCUUGUAUGUAUAUAUAAAUAUAUUAUUAAUUGUCUCCUUGAUACAUAUAGUAAUUGCACUAAAGAGCAAAUGUUUUUAUUUGCCAUCAAUUAGGGAUCCUUCUUUGUUGAUUUUCUUUUCCAUUUUUUUUUUCCUUUUUAAGUGAUUGUUAUCAAUAGGUUCAAUCAACAUGAACUUCACAUGUAUGACAUUGACCCAUGUUAUAUUUGUUCUAUCUUAUGGAACUGUUUCUUUUGCUAUUUGGAUUUGUUAUGAACCUGAUGUAGGUAUUAAGUUAAAGCUUGCUAGUGUUUCUAUGUAACACUGUUAUGUAACUGUCUGCAAAAAGAAAUGGAUGGAGGCCCGAGUUCUGCACAGCAUUUUUCCAUUGAUAUGGUUCUUACAGGGAGAAUCUAUUUGUGAUCCUUCUUCUCCUUACAGGGAGCAAUAGUAGGUGAUCAUUUCUCUCCUUACAGGGAGUAAAUGUUGGUAAUCCUAUCAAUCUGUACAUGGAGUUCCUGUUGGUGUUUCUUCACCCCUUACAGGUCUUUUCAGGGGUAAACGGAUUGUGAUCCUUCCACUCCUGACAAGGAGUAACUGUUGGUGAUCCUUGGAUCCUUACAGAGAGUAACUGUUGGUGAUCCUUCCACUCCUUGCAUGGGUUUAAAUGUUGGUUAUCCUCCCACUUCCAUGUCUUGAGUCACAUUACUUGUAUUUGUAAUCAUUUGUUCAAAUCCCAGUACUGAUUGUCACUGCACUUUGGUUUUCUCAUAUACAAUGCAACUUAUUUAUAUGUACUACUCUAAAAAAGAAUGUGAUUACUUCAUGUAUUAAUGGUAAAUGAAUUCAUGAGCUUUCUAUUUGGUAAUAUAGUGCCAAUUUCUUUGAGUUCCAGUGGCUAAUGUUUGUAAUUGGAGGAAAGAUAGGAUUCAAUCUGAACUGGGAUAAACAUGUACCCCCCUUGUGUGUUUUCAUUUACACUUGACUUUGUGCAAUUAACAUAAGUGUGAAUGCUAUAGCUAAGUAAAUAGCUGUAGUGUUAAAUGUGUCAAGAGUUUUUAAAGGAGACCUCAUAUGAAACAGAUAUUAAAGCUAGUACCAUAAUGUAUGUAGUCAAUUUGAUAUGUGCUAAAAUACUGCAAUAUAUGUUAUAAUUAUCCACAUUUUACAUGUCUAUGAGAUGAAAGUGCAUGAUUGUAUGGAGUUUUGAAUAGUUAGUGUUGAAGUGGAGGGUAGAAAUCGUGGGUUGGACAUUAUGAUACAUAUAAUAAUUAUACUUGAGUGGAAUAGAUGAUUUAAAUUAGUGCUCAUUUAUGUAUUUUAAUACUUACCUUUAAAUAGAUCAUAUCAUAUGUUCAAUAAGAAGGAUGGCCAUAGAAUACAGCUCUGUUUUCUGUUUUGUGUGGGUUUUUUUUUUGUUUUUUUGUUUUUUUUUUAAAUUUUUUUAAUUAUUAUUUGCUGGUAAAAAGAUUAGAACAAUAAUUAAACUUUGAUGAAAUCAAUGUCUACUAUACAAGAAUAUAGAAUAAAACGGUGUCUCACACAUUUGUUGAGAAAUUGCCUGAAAUAAAACUUGUUAAAUAGAAGUUGUUUUGCAUGUUAGCGUUUAUUUUCCUUCUACAGGAAGAUCAUGUAACACAAUACCAUGUUUCAAUCUCUUCAAAUGAAAAAAAAGAUGUAGUAAAUUCAGUUCCUUGUGUUUCUGUCUUUUAUCUUGUGACCUUAUAAAGGAAUGCAUUUAGUAUCCUAAACUCCUAUCAAACCAGAGUUGUUAAUAUGUCAUUUGGCUGUCACACUAGGAAGAUAAAAGUCAUAGUAGAUUUCCUUUUUGCCAUACUUUUAAGAACUAGCCAAUUUCACUUGCAAUAAGACUCAAUAUUUGGACCUGAUAAAUUUCAUAGGUUUUUAUUGUAUACUAUGUGCAAGCAGAUGUGUGAUCAUAUUUUUCUAGAACUCUGAAGGAUGUUCAACAUCAAAAAAACAAAAAGAAUAUAAAAAAAAAACAAAAAAAUAAACAAAACAAAAAGUAUUUGGGACCACUUCUUUUCGUGGACAAAAUUUUAAGAAACAAGUACAAAUACAGAUUUAUCUACAUUUUUUAUAUGGAAACAAUAUAAUCAUUAAUUUCACUUUUAAGUUGAAAACGUAGGUGUAAUGGAAGACAAGAUUUUUUUAGUGAAAAUAUCAGAAAUUGAUAUGAUUUAGUUUCUAAUACAUGCUAGAAUAAAGGUAUAUUCUUAGAUUUAGGAAUUUAUCAAACCCUCUGGCUCUUGCCCUAAGUACAAGUGAGGUUAGUAAACCCCACACAAGGCUAGUGAACCUUAUUGAAUAUAGGACUGCAAAAACAUUAUACGUUACCGUUUCUUGAAAAAUCUAAAACACGUGCAACCAUAAGCCAAUUAACACUCCACAAUGGGCUAGAAGGUUAGUGAACAAAGGCCUGGCCAGUAACGCUCCUUUAACAUAAGCAAGGGUCCGAUACUAGUGAACUUCACAAUCAGGCUCAUAACACCUUAUGUUAAGGUGAUGUGAGGCCAGUGAACCACCACAAAUUAGGGUUACAUUGUUGGUAAAUUCCACACAUUAUGGGGCCUCGUGGUCUGUGAUCCCCUUAUAUCAAGUCACUUGGUAAGGAACCCCACAAAGUACAGAAUGAGGAGGCUAUCUAGGUAUGUAAACCAACGAUACCAUCCUCUAUUACAUAGCACAAACAAUUUCCUUGUUUUCCUCUUCAUUCAGUUUUGUUAUUUUGUUCAUUUGUGUAUGAUAAUGCCCUUCCAGUGUUAAGUGUUGUGUUGACAGAAACACCCUAAUAGUGAUUUUAUAUAGUAUAUCUAAUUUAAGUUCAUGUUAUAUGAUCAUUUAAGUCAAUAAAAUUCCCAUAUUCAUCACCUCAAA